AUGGUCACUGUAGCGAAGAAUGCGCCACGUGGUGCGACCGGCGCCCCGCGCCAGUCGUUGACCGUCAUCGACAACCGCACCGGCAAGUCUUACGAGUUUCCCAUCAAGAACAACUCGGUUAUGGCGACGGACAUCAAAAAGAUCAAGUCGGCUCGUGGUAAUGACCGCCCGGAAGAUGAGACCGACCAGGGUCUUCGCGUCUACGACCCGGCCUACAUGAACACGGCCGUUGUCCAGAGCAACAUCACAUACAUCAACGGCCAGGACGGCAUCCUGCGAUACCGUGGAUAUCCCAUUCAACAGCUGGUCAACAAGUCGCAUUUCUUGGAGAGUGCGUUCUUGCUCAUCUAUGGCGAGCUUCCGACCUCGACACAGUACAGCAAGUGGCAGGAUGAGAUCAUGCACCACACCUACAUUCACAGCGACAUCGAGGGCAUGUUCAAGUCAUUCCGUUACGACACUCACCCCAUGGCCAUGUUGCAGUCUUCGUUUUCUGCCUUGGGUGCGUUCGCGCCCGAGUCAAACCCCAGCUUGCAAGGGCAGAAGCUGUACACCAACGCGGCUUCGGGUGACGUGGAGGCUCUCAAGAUGCUCGACAAGCAGAUCCUGCGUAUCAUCGGCAAGGCCCCUACCCUCGCGGCCGCGUCGUACCGCAUGCGCCAGGGCAGACCGUUUAACCGUCCGGCCCAGGGACUCAGCUACACCGGCAACUUCCUCUAUCUCCUCGACCAUCUCAGCGGCCACGAGUACCAGCCUCACCCGGUACUCGAGAAAGCUCUCGACGCGCUCUUCAUCAUCCACGCCGACCACGAGGUCAACUGUUCCACGGCCACGGUUCUCCAAGUCGGCUCGAGUCUGGUCGACCCUUACAGUGUCGUGUCCGCCGGAUGCGCCGCUCUUUACGGACCCAGCCACGGCGGCGCCAGCGAGAGUGCCAUCAGGAUGUUGAUGGAGAUUGGCAGCCCCGAGAAUGUGCCCGCAUUCAUGGAGAAGGUUGAGAAGAGAGAGAGGGUCCUGGUUGGAUUCGGUCACCGCGUCUACAAGAAUGUCGACCCCCGCUCAACUGCGAUCCGCCAGCUGGCCGAGGAGGUCUUCGCCGUGACGGGCCGCAACCAGCUUCUUGACACGGCGCUGACGCUGGCCAAGUACGCGCGCGAGAGCGAGUUCAUGAAGAAGAGAAACCUGUACCCCAACGUCGACUUCUACUCCGGUCUCAUUUACCAGGCCAUGGGCUUCCCUCUGGACUUCUACCCCGUCCUGUUCGCCGUGCCCCGCUGCGUUGGAUGGUUGGCGCACUGGAGACAGCAGAUGCUGCAGAAGGGUGGUGUCAAGAUCUGGCGCCCGAGGCAGCUCUACAUUGGCGAGGGAGAGCGGAACUACGUCGACUCCAAGGACAGGGAGGAGAAGGCGAACAAGUCUGUUUUCGAUGAGCCGGUCCAGGUCAGCCACGGCGGAGACAGCAAGAGGAAUGAGCUCGCAACUUAUAAAGAUGAGAUGGGCCAGGCAUGGAAGGGUCGGGCGAAGCUUUGA